CGCAAGAGAAAUUUCAAAAUACACCACUUACCCUCUACAUCAGGUGACUGAUCACGUGACCUUACAAUUCUGCCAGACAACAUGGCUGCGAGAAGCAAUUCCGUGUAUUGGAUGGGGAAAGACUCUCUGGUUGUAUCAAUGACCCUCUUUGUAGAGAACCGCCGUAGACUUUGUGAACGGCUCAGAGUGAAUCCAGAUGUUCCCAGGAAGUCUGUGGUUGUCCUGCAGGGAGGAGAGCAGACCCAGAGAUACUGUACUGACACUGAUAAUAUAUUUCGACAGGAAUCCUUUUUUCAUUGGACAUUUGGAGUGACUGAAGCAGGUUGCUAUGGAGCUAUUGACGUGGAUACUGGGAAAAGUAUGCUAUUUAUACCCAAACUACCAGAAAUUUAUGCAACUUGGAUGGGAAAGAUCCACCCUCCAGAACAUUUCAAGCAAAAAUAUGCAUUAGAUGAAGUGCAUUACACUUGCAAUAUUGCUGACACAUUGUCUAAAAUUCAGCCUGCCAUACUGCUCACACUGCGUGGGGUGAAUACGGACAGUGGCAGCACCUGCCGUGAAGCUUCAUUUGAUGGAAUCAGUCAGUUCCAAGUCAACAAUGUCCUUCUUCAUCCUGAAAUUGUUGAAUGUCGUCUUCUCAAAACAGACAUGGAACUUGAGGUUCUUCGUUAUACCAAUAGGAUCUCAAGUGAAGCCCACAAAGAGGUCAUGAAAAAUGUGAAACCAGGAAAAAAGGAAUAUGAAAUGGAAAGCUUGUUCCAGCAUUACUGCUAUAGUCGUGGAGGAAUGCGACACACAUCUUAUACCUGCAUAUGUGGAUCUGGGAUUAACUCUGCAGUCCUUCAUUAUGGUCAUGCUGGAGCUCCUAAUGAUAAGACUAUUGAAGAUGGAGAAAUGUGUCUCUUUGAUAUGGGUGGAGAGUAUUACUGUUAUUCAUCUGAUAUAACCUGCACAUUCCCAGCCAAUGGAUCUUUUACUACUGACCAACGGGCCAUCUAUGAAGCAGUGCUGAAGUCAUCCCGUGCAGUUAUGGCAGCAAUCAAACCAGGUGUUUCAUGGCCUGACAUGCAUCGUCUUGCAGAUAGAAUUCAUUUGGAAGAACUGACAAAAAUCGGUAUCCUUCAAGGUAAUGUGGAUGAAAUGGUGAAAGUUCACUUGGGUGCCAUAUUUAUGCCUCAUGGUUUGGGACAUCUUCUUGGAAUUGACGUACAUGAUGUUGGAGGAUACCCAGAGGGAGUGGAACGAAUCAACUUGCCAGGUCUUAAGAAUCUCCGUACUGCUCGCUUACUUCAAGAAAGAAUGGUGUUGACAAUUGAGCCUGGCAUUUAUUUUAUUGACCACGUUUUGGACAAAGCUCUAGCUGACCCCGCUCAGAGCUGCUUUAUUAAAAAUGAAGUCCUACAACGUUUCCGGGGAUUUGGAGGAGUGCGUAUUGAGGAUGACAUUGCAGUUACCAGUACUGGGAUGGAACUAUUAACCUGUGUUCCUCGCACUGUUGAAGAAAUUGAGGCUUUCAUGGCAGAUGCAGUCAGGGCUUCAAAGGAUUUUGAUCACCUUGUCGGCGAAAAACUUUAAAUUCUGCUGAAUGAAUGGGCAGUUUUAUUAUUAUCUUUAUAACAAGGAAAAAGGAGUUCCAUAGAUUAAAUUAAAGGUGCUUAAGCAAAAAUUAUUCAAUAAUGAAUAAACUUGCAGAGCUUGCUUAUAAUCAAUAUGAUUUACAACAGACCUGUUUUUUCCAAGUGUCAGAAAGUAAGUCAUUUGAUUACUAAAUUAAAACAAUACCAAGAAUCAGCAGUUGGCAGGAAUCAUCUAACUGAUUUACCUAUUUUUCUUUGACUGCACUCAACUUAAUGAAAUGCUGAAUAGUAUUCUACUUUUAUAAUAAACCUUAAUGAUCAUUUAAUUUGAAGUUAUUUGUUAAAAUAUGUCAACAGAUACCAUGAUUUUAAUAAAUAAACAUACAUUACUUUAAAUAUA